AGGGGGUGCGGCGCCUCUGUUGUCCGGCGAAUCACCUGCUCCGCGUGCUCACACGCCCCGCUCACCCGGCUUGGCUUCGCCGCGACAUGUCCAACGUUCUUCAGGACACGCUGCACGCGGGCUUUGUUCUCGGUGACGGACUGUGUUAUGAACAGCUACUGCAUGAGACGAGCAUGAGCAGAGCUUUCCUGAGCCAUUACAAGGCGUCGGCGGCCGGCAGACAAGACAGCGCCAACCGCCUCAGGAACUGCGAGAAGCCGAUCCCGGGGGAGCUGUGCCCGCACCUGCCCUCGGUCAGGGCCGCCUCUCUUCCAGACAUCGCAGGCAGCCAGCAGCACCACCUCAGCCACCUCAGCCCAGCCAGCAGCCAUCAGACGGUCAGCCACUCGGCGGAGACCCGUCUACACCCCUCUCCGUCCGCCAGCCCCUGCGAGCGUCGCUCUCCGCCCGGACCGGCCAGCGGCUCACCCCAGACGCCAGACGCCGCAGUGGACUCGUUCGUGAGUCCACAGCUCCGGGUGGACUCGUCCGUGAGUCCGCAGCUCCGGGUGGACUCGUCCAGGAGCCGCGCGUCGCGCUCAGCGGAGCGGUGGCGUCGUCGCCGAGAGAGCGCCAACUGCCGCGAGCGGCGGCGCAUGCAGCGGCUCAACGAGGCGUUCGACCUGCUGCGGGACCACCUGCCGCAGGGCGUCGACUGUCCGCUCUCCAAGCACGAGACGCUCCAGAUGGCCAUCACCUACAUCCUGACCCUGCGCGAGCAGCUGGAGCCGAUGCCGGAGGCGUGCCAGUCCGAGUGAAGCUGCCUUUCUCGGCCGCGACCGUCUAGUCAGGCUACGGCUACAGCAAUGCUUCAGCGGCGCUCCCGGCGGCCUGGUUCGCCAUGUGCCGGCGGCUUCUGCGACGACUGCCGUGCCAAGCCAGUUUGGCGCUGCUCCUCGUGGCCUCCGGAGGCUCCACUGCGCUCGCCCACUCUGCUUUUAGUGUGCUGGGCUGUACCUCUGCCGUCAGCGGUGGGAGCUUUCCUCCGGCCGCUGGCGGCAUCGUUGUGAAUAACUCAGCCUCGAGCGGUGUUGUGUUGCCCUGCCUGGAGCUGAGUAUGAUCACGUUCGCACGGGUCUCGGAGAGGCUAAGCAGCCGACGGCGCGGGCGUCUAUGUGAUGGGUUUUCACUGCCCUGUGGGUGGACGGCUGUGAACCAGGGAGAAGAUAAGUUGGCUGUUGUGACCGCGCGACCGGGUGACCGGAUGUUGACUGUUGA